GAGGUCGUGGAGGAUUUUUACCAUCUAGCCACCAUCGCCGUUCGCCAACUACACCAUGGCUGAUACCGAAAAGGCGCCGCAGCCGCAGCCCCAACAGCAGCAGCAAGAUCAACAAGCCCAACCGCAACAGGCGAAGGCGGCUAAACAAAAGCUGGUCAUUGCUGAAAAGGUUUCUGGGACUGUCAAAUGGUUCAACGUCAAGAGUGGAUAUGGUUUUAUCAACAGAAACGACACCAAGGAAGAUGUAUUCGUCCAUCAAACUGCUAUAGCCCGGAACAACCCACGCAAGGCUGUGCGCUCGGUCGGCGACGGUGAGGCAGUGGAGUUUGCCGUGGUUGCUGGGGAGAAGGGUUAUGAAGCAGCCCAAGUCACUGGUCCCGGCGGUGAGCCUGUUAAGGGUUCUCCCUAUGCAGCUGACAAGCGCCGCACCUUCCAUCGCCAAUACUACCCCCGUCAAGGCGGCGGACGUGGCGGUGAGGGCGCUCCACGCAGAGGUGGCAUGGGACGGCGUGGGCCCCCGCCCAAUCAAGGGGGCGCGCAAGGGGAUGAAGGUCAAGAGGGAGGCGGAGCCCCACCACAGCGCAGUUAUUUCCGUCGCAAUUUCCGUGGUGGGCGUCGUGGAGGCGGUCCUGGGCCGAUGAAUCGCGGUGGUUACCGUCGCAUGCGUCCGCGCAACAUCCAGGGCCAGCCACAGCAGCAAGCUGGUGCCUCUGCGCCGCGUCAGAACGGUCAAGAGGGCGAUACUCCAGCCGCCACGUCUCCGUCGCAGCCCCAGCAGGCUAAAGCUAAGAACAACAGCAAACCUGCGGGCACCACCAUCGAGACUACCACCAAUGAGAGUCAGGCCUAGACAUCGGCCGACGCACUAUGUGGCACACCAUUAAGUAGUGUAUGUUAAUUCUAGCUGUGCCACAUGUCCAUCACAACUUACUGUCUUGUCUGUUCAACUGAGAGUGUUUUGUUUCAAUGUUGUUUCAGACGCACUGCAUUAAGAUCUUUUCUACUUUAACGAGCAUUAUUUAGUCUUGAUUGUAUUGCUGGGGAGUUAUAAAAGGAACUGCUUAGUAUCAUGGAUUACAAAUGUGAUAUUUUAUUAAAUUAAUAUAUGUAUUGUAUUGUUUGGACUUUGUGAUCUUAUGUAUACCAUUGUGUAGUAUGAUUGAAUACACAAAUGCACGCGUUCGAAAUGGUGCACACACGCGCCGGUUAGUUCAAAAUUGAUAUUACUGAGAAGCAUUAUGUGCAAUUAAUAAUGCAUAAUAUUUAUACAUUGAGAAAUGAUACGCAAGUUCCAAUGCCCCAAGAGAAUUGUGUAUUUUUGAAAAAAGCCUGAUGUUUAUUUUAUUAAACAGUUUACAUCCGCAUAAUAUGUAUUAAACAUACAUUGUUUUAUGUAUUAAUAAAAUUAGUAGUACUUUGAACACUCGAAAGUAAUAAACUUCUUUUUACCUGUG